CCCAGAAAGCCCCAACCGGGCAGUGGAGUACCUUCUUGAACUCAACAACAUCAUCGAGAGCCAGCAGAAGCUUCUUGAAACUCAGCGGCGCCGAAUCGAGGAGCUGGAGGUCCAACUGGACCGGCUCAGCCAGGAGAACAAGGACCUGCGUUUGGACCGGCAACCUGUUGCUCCUCCUCCACCUGCUCCUCCCCCUGAGCCUCCUCUCCCUCCUCCUCCUCCGCCGCCUCCUCCGACUCAGACCAUGUCGACGUCCAUUUCCACCAAGAACCACCACCACCACAACAGCCAAUACCAAGCUCCUCCCCAGCCUCCCUCCUCCAUCCCCCUCCACCACAGCCACCACCAUCAGUACCACCAGCACCACCACCACUCCUCCUCCUCCACCCACCAUUCCUACAACAGCUCCAAUAGCACCAGUACAACAGCGAUCCCGGUUCCUGCCCCGGCUUCGGCCCCGCCCUCCAUCUCGAUCCCCACCCAGAUUCCAGCUCCAGUCUCCUCCCCAGCCCUGGCUCCACCUCCCCCUCCUCCGAUCCCGCCCAGGGAUCAGCCGCGGGCCCACAGCCGGCUGACCCGAGUGCCCUCCACCAGCACUGGCACCAACACCAACUUCGUGGAGAAAGAGAAGGAGAGGCUCGAGCGGCUGCACAGAGCGAACGCCUCCAACAACCACCACGCCCACACCCUCCACCACCACAAAUCUGUGGAGGGCGACUCUCAGUGUCCGGAGGCACUCACUUUCUCUGAUCCGUCCUUUGGCCACCCGCCUCCCUUCCAUCGCUAUAGCAACACCCCUCUCUCCAGCCCCUGUGACCCCUACAGCUCCGCCUCCACCAGCGGGCCCUUGGGAGCCUCCCACACACACACACAGGGUAGCUCUCCCAUCUCUCCCCCCAGCCCGGCGAGCCUUGCCUGGGCUCAGCGCAGCCGACACCAGCCGGCCAGCCUGGCGCUCCGCAAGCAAGAGGAGGAGGAGAGCAAACGCUGCAAGGCUCUAUCUGACAGCUAUGAGCUCUCUACAGACCUCCAGGACAAGAAGGUGGAGAUGCUGGAGAGGAAGUACGGGGGCCAGUUUGUGUCCCGGCGGGCGGCAAGAACCAUCCAGACGGCGUUCAGGCAGUAUCGCAUGAACAAGAACUUCGAGAGGCUUCGCAGCUCCGCCUCGGAGAGCAGGAUGACUCGCCGCAUCAUCCUGUCCAACAUGAGGAUGCAGUACUCAUUUGAUGAACGUCAGCCGCAGGGUCAGGGGUCAGCAGGUCAGCAGGGCUCAGACGACACAGGAGACAUGGACGACUCCUUCUCCAAGCAGGUAAAGUCUCUGGCCGACUCCAUGGACGACUCCCUCACCUGCCAGUCAGGCCGCGAAGACUCACAGGAAGCGGGAGGAGAGGGAGAGGAGGACGACGAGGAGGACGAGGAAGAGGGAGAUGAAGAAGAGGAAGAGGAGGAGGAGGAAGGGGAGGAGGACGAGGAGGAAGACGAGGACGAGGAUUACAGAGAGUGCGCAUGGCGCAACACCAACGCAUCUGCCCGACGCGUGGCAGGCCGGGCAGUAGUGGGAGGAGGGAGAGGAGGCGUGGGAGGAGGUGCCGCCAUGCACGAGGACAGCACCGCCACCUCCUUCAGUGAUGUCACCCUCUACAUGGACGAGGGCUGUCUCCCCUCCUCGCCGCUCUCGCGCCCGCCGUCCUCACCACUGUCCCGCCCCGCCUCCAGCUCUGACACAGAGUACUGGGGAGGAGGCGGAGGAGGAGUCGCAGGGGGGAGGGAGGACAGCAGAGAGACAGAGGGAGGCAGCAACACCAGCCGGAGGAGCAGCACCCCCUGCACAGAGUGUCGAGGGGAGUACAGAGGAAGGGCAGGAGGAGGAGGGGGACACCUCCCUGUCCUGACCAUCGAACCACCCAGUGACAGCUCAGUGGACAUGAGUGACAGGUCAGAGCGAGGCUCUAUCGGGCGCCUGGUGUAUGAACAGGAGUCGUCAGGAGCCGAACGAGGAGGAGGAGAGAGGGAGAGGAGGGGAGGAGGCGAAGGAGAGAGUGGUGAGGAUGAGCGAGGAGGAGGAGGAGGUGGAGGAAGCAGCGAGGCCUACUCUCCACAGGGAACAAUCAAACACAAACCAAACGGCCGCUCUGUCGCCACGGCGCAGGGACAAACUCGCAGCCCCGCCAACGUCCCCUUACCGAUGCCUUCAGCCCGGGCCCUGCCGUCACACCCGCUCCCCCACCCACUCCAACACUCACACCCCCACCCUCACCCCCACCCAUCGCCCAUCCCCCACUUACCCACCAUCCUCCACCACCACCCGCAGUACAGCCAGCCACACAUCAUGCACAUGCACCACGUGCACGGCAGCAGCCCUUACAUCCAGCACGCUCACCACUUUGCCCAACACCACUACCAUCACCUGCACCACCAACACCACCACCUCCCCCACGCCUACCCAGAGCCCCCCUCCUCCCCGCUGCCCUCCCCUGUACCACCACUCACACCUCUCUCACCCCUGCCGCCGCCGCUCACGCCCUCGCCGCUGUCCUCCUCCUCUUCCUCUGCUCUCCAGAACAUGGAGGCGCAGCAGCAACAGCACCACGCCCACCACCCCCACCUCCACCACCACCAUCUGCUCUGCUCAGAUGGAGACAACGAGAGCGUCAACUCCACCACCACCAACUCUAACGACGACACGACGGUCAACAACUGCAGCUCCGGCUCCUCGUCACGCGACAGCCUGCGGGAGCCAAUCGGAGGAGCGACGCUGGGGAAACAGACCUAUCAGAGAGAGAGCCGCCACAGCUGGGAUUCUCCCGCCUUUAACAAUGACGUGGUGCAGCGGCGCCAAUACCGCAUCGGACUCAACCUGUUCAACAAGAAGCCGGAGAAGGGGAUCCAGUAUUUGAUCGAGAGGGGCUUUGUGUCGGACACACCAGUGGGCAUCGCCAGGUUCAUCCUGGAGAGGAAAGGACUGAGCAGGCAGAUGAUCGGAGAGUUCCUCGGCAGCCGGCAACAGUUCAACAAGGAUGUCCUCGACUGUGUGCUGGAUGAGAUGGAUUUCUCGGGGAUGGAUCUAGAUGACGCUCUGAGGAAGUUCCAGGCUCAGAUUAAAGUUCAGGGUGAAGCUCAGCGGGUGGAGCGACUGGUGGAGGCCUUCAGUCAGCGGUACUGUGUCUGUAACCCGGUGCUGAUCCGGCAGUUCCAGAAUCCAGACACGAUCUUCAUCCUGGCCUUCGCCAUCAUCCUCCUCAACACAGACAUGUACAGUCCCAACGUCAAGCCGGAGAGAAAGAUGAAGCUGGAGGACUUCAUCAAGAACCUGCGGGGGGUUGAUAAUGGUCAGGACAUCCCCAGGGACCUGCUGGUGGCCAUUUACGGAAGGAUCCAGAAAUGGGAGCUGAGAACCAACGAUGAUCACGUGUCUCAGGUCCAGGCGGUGGAGAGGAUGGUGGUCGGCAAGAAGCCUGUGCUGUCACUGCCUCACCGCAGGUUGGUGUGCUGCUGCCAGCUGUUUGAGGUUCCAGAUCCAAACCGAGCUCAGCGGAGCGGCGUCCACCAGAGAGAAGUCUUCCUGUUCAACGACCUGCUGAUGGUGACAAAGAUUUUCCAGAAGAAGAAGACUUCAGUGACGUACAAUUUCAGACAAUCAUUUCCUCUGGUGGACAUGCAGGUCCACACCUUCCAAAACACCUACUACCCUCACGGUAUCAGGCUGACGUCGGCGAACCCUGGAGGAGAGAGGAAAGUGCUGAUCGUCUUCACGGCUCCGAGCCAGCAGGACCGAGCACGCUUCACCUCUGACCUCCGAGAGAGCAUCGCAGAGGUCCAGGACAUGGAGAAGUACAGGGUGGAGUCCGAGCUCGAGAAGCAGAAAGGUGUGAUGCGUCCAGGUGUGUUGACAGGGGGAGGACCAGGAGGAGGCGGGACGGCAGGGGCCAACGUUGGCUCCGGAAAGGGCGAAGUGAUGAACGGUACUCUGGGUAGGCCGAGCCUUGAUGACACGUACGCAUCUGUGGACGGACUUAAACGCACGGCACUCAGCUCCUCACUGAGAGACCUCUCAGAGACAGGGAAGCGGGGUCGUAGGAACAGUGUCGGCUCAUUGGACAGUACUAUUGAAGGUUCCAUUAUUAGCAGCCCUCGGCCUCACCAGCAGCGCCCCCUGCUUGCUGGGGGUCUAUCCUACAGCCCCAUGAUGGUACCUUCGUCUCCAGCAGCCUACCGGCCACACCGCCCUACUCAGAGCCCCGGUACAGGGGUGGGGGGUGGGCCGGGGCUCUGUCACAAUCAGGGGGGGAUCACCACCUCCCCACUCGUGAGCGGGGGAGGGGCUGGGGCCGGAGGAGGGAUGGCGGGUGGGGGCGGACCGACUGGCGGCGGCCUGCUGGGGAAUUUCUUCGGCAGCCGCAGAGGCAAAGUUCCUGGUCCCCUGACGAUGACGUCACCAACUCCUCAGGGUCCUCCGAGUCCCCUGAUGAUAUCAUCACCCCCCCAUUACCCCGCCCCCGCGCCUCCCAUCCCCCACCCAUCCUCCCCUUCCCCAUGCCCCUCCCCAUCGCCCAACCUCGUGCAGUCGGACUCGGGAGGAGUUGGAGGGGGAGGAGGUACGGGAGGGGGGCCUACCAAGCUCCAGGCUUUGCACGCUCAGUAUUGCCACGGCAACAGUGGAGGAGGAGGAGUCAGUGUUACUGGGCAUCAGCAGCAGCAGACACCGCCCCCACCCUACCACCACCAUCACCGCUACCACAUGCAGAACAUGCCCCAGCACCACGCCCUCACGCACAGGUUCUCUGCACCCCAGCGGCAGGGUCCGUCCGGCUGCGUUCCCUCUCAUACCCAGCAGCAUCAGAGGAUGCAACACGGUGUCGGCCAGCACCCCCGCUACAACCUGGGCUUCAUCACGCCGCCGCCCCUGUCGCCACACUCCCCCGUAACCCCUACUACCCCGCACGGACUCUACCACUCGCACCCGAGGCCGGGUGGAGGCGGCAAGCUCCCGCUGACCAUCUCGCACUCCCAGCCCCACCCCCACGCUCACACACACUCUCACAACCACGUCGUGCACACACACUCCCCCCUCAGCCCCUCCCCCUCCGCCUCCCCCUCCACCCACUUCAUCUUCUCCACCCCACCUCCCCAGACACCCUCGGCGCGCCUCGUCACCCAGACACCUCCGCAGCCCUACGCGCCCCAAUAUCCGCCAAUCUCCUCCAUCCCACCUCCCCCUCCACACUCCCCCCUACCACCCCCGUCCAACGCCCAGCACUCCCUGCACCCAGGGGCGGGGGCAGGGCAAGGGGGCGGCCCCAAAUCGAAACCCGUCAGCCGGAUCAGCACGGUCGUGUGAGGAGGCAGAAGCGGACGGUGGUCCGCCACCCCGCAGCGAGCCACCGGGGGGCGGUCGUGAGAGGGAGCAGGAGAGGGAGGAGGAGAGGAGGAGGGCAAAUGCAGACGUAUCAAAAUGGCCGCCUAGUGAGGAAGAGAGCACUGAGAGCGGGGAGGAGGAAACUACUCAGCCUGUGUUAUUUUCACAUCCACUUCCCCCGCAGGUAGAAAGACUCUCAUACUUACUGAAAGACGUUUGUUGGGCAACUUGUUCCCCGUUGGGGCUCCUGGGAAACCUGAGUGACCACACCAAGAACGUAAAUCACGGCGUUUUCAGUCACUCAAAGCUGAAGACAAACUCCCACAUACUGGAAGUCCUGCCAUCUUGGUGAAAAUCUCCUCCAUCUUCCUUUCGCAGUGCCCUUCAGAGGUGGCCAAGAGGACACUUGUGUAGUUCUUGACUUGCAGAGGAAGUGUUCGUGUCAAAUCGUGAGUAAGAAUUGUGCGUUGCUGUAGUGGACAAAUGGUUCAGGGACCAGACGUGAAGGGAACAGUGCCUGUGAAUUUAAGACAAGGGUUAGCGCUCGAUGCUAACAGUAUGUACGGUAUUGGUCGAUGGGACAGUUCAGGCUUUUAGGAAGCCUGAGAACGCGACGAGUCCUUUUACUAUAUUCCAAAAAUCACACUAGUCUUGCACCACUUUGUUUUCUGCACAAGAAGCACUUGUACCAUUGUUUUGGUUGUUGACAUAUUACAAGCCAUGAGGUGUAACUGAGAGGUGGUUAGCAUUAUUAUGGUGCAGUUUCUGUGUCUUAGACAGGCAUGCAUGACCUGUGCAAUAGCUAAUGAGUGUCAGUGUGUCUAUGGUUGAAAUACUAUAUGCAGGGGGAGGGAUUUGUUGUAAUUUAAAGCCCCAAUCCAGCAUUUAUUUGACCGUGAAAAGUGCAUUAGUGAAGGUUACUGAAGACUUUACUUUCUACAGUAAACUUUUUUAAAGACUUUAAAUAAGCCAUCAUAACAAAAACUACAGGUGUCUUUUUACCUUUGUGUUUUGCAAAAAUUGCUUAAAGCCUUUAGUGUUUGUGGAUCACAGGGUUUCAGCAGGGGGCGCUGUGUUGUUGUCUUGGAUUGGGACUUUAAAAUAAGGAUUGUUGACAUUGGACAGUUUUCCCAAUAAUUUAUUCUUUAUUCAUUUGAUAAUUUAUACAAAAUCAGUGAAUGCUCCCCUGAUAGUGUCCCAGUAUAUCUGAAAGUAUAAACCUAAAUUAGUCAGAAAUUAUAAUAUGUUUCAACUGUAUUUCAUGAUGCAUAUUGUAUGUGACCCUUUAUCUUGCUGGAGAAGGAGAAUACGCUAAAAGGUGCCAAACAGGGUGCAGUCUGGGAAACAGAGUAUUUUGUUUCACUGGCUUUUCUGCCUUUGAUAAAGCUGGGGAGAUGAAUAAAGUGUUAUAUUAAACAAUAUCUUCUUAUAAUGUAACACACACAAUUCUCAACAAGUAGAACACUGAAUAAGAAAAAGGAACUGGGUGGGAAAUUAAGUUUAAAAAGGUUAUAUUCAGUUUAGAAAAUCAGAAUUGCGCAUCAUCCCAACAAAACUCCCAAAACAGCUUUGUAUGAGUCAUUAGCUGAGAGACUGUAAUUGUCUGAAGCCUGAACCAUUUGUAUGACAUCAGAUCAUAAAAAAGUCCACCAAAAACUUAAAAAAAAAAAGUGAAAGGAAGGAGGACAGAUAGCUUUUCCAGAUCAGAUAGAUGCAACGAAUACAUGAUCAUUCGCAUUGGUGUCAGCUAAUGUACAUGCACAUAAUGUAUAGGUACCAAAAAUAUUUUUCUAUCGGGGGCCAAGACUGGUUUUUGGUUGCAAGUAAUUUCAGCUCAACAAUCAAUUUAUCAGCAUUUGAAAAUUAAAAUAUGAAUCAUGCUUUUGUGGUGCUCAGAUUUAAUAAUUUAUCCCAAGAUGACGCUUCAAUACCUUGUUGUCUCAGCUUCACAUUGUCCUUACAGUAUCAUCAUCUUCUUUAAAAAGAAGUGUUGGUUAAUGAUGUUAAGGAUAUGGAACAUUUCAUGUUCCAGUGUGUGGGAAUUAGUGGCAUCUAGUGGUGAGGCUGCAGAUUGCAACCAAUGGAAACUUUGGCUGAGCGUGUAGGAGAACUACAGUAGGCGAUGCAAGAAUGCAAGUGGCUCUGUCUACACCCAACAUUUGGUUUGUCUGUUCUGGGCUACUGUAGAAACAACAUGGCAGAGUUUGUGGAAGAGGACUUGCUGCAUAUGUAGAUCAGGCUCCCAGGAACGCCACUCAGCUUUUUCCCAGCAGCCAUUUGCAGUAUUGCAGUGAAAAAACUUUCCUGCAGCCCGUAACAGCAAUUUCCCCAUAGACCACCGUUAUAAAAGAGAUUUCUGUAACUGUUGACAGGACACCUUGAACUGCAAACAAGGUUUCUGUCUAUUAUGAAUAUUAUUUUUGCAGAAUUUUCAUCAAGCCAAGAAAUGCAAUUUCAGUGGGCCGCAUACACUGGAAGUGAUUCUGGAAGCUAGAAACUUCUCAUUCAGAUCUAAUUAUACAUCCAUGAUGUGGGUAUAAAUGGCUCAUUCUGAGGUAACGAAAAAAGAAUUCUUAGCCAGAUAAGUUACAAUUUUAUUCUGUUGAACCUUUUUGUAGUGUUGUUUUCAUGGAUACAAGGGAUGCAUGAUAAUAUUGGCACAUCAUCAGUAUUGGCCAACAUGAUCUUUCUUAUUUUGCACAAUGGAUGAAUAUUACAGCCAUUGAAAAUUCUCAUAUUUCAUGUCUCCAUCUGCUGGUGGGCCGUCAUGAUAAGAGUAUGCAUGUAUAAUAUGAUGUUAAUUCCACUACAGAAGAGACUUGAUGAUCAGUAACAUUAGGUGGGGAUCUAUCAAUAUCAGUAUUGGUUAUCGGCCAAAUAAGUUGUCGGAUAUCGUACAUCCCUAACAAUACUCUCAAACAUUUAGCAGUAACCACACUACUAUUGGCUUCCAUUUUAAGCCUUUGGAAAGACACAGAAAUGUCUGAAAGGAUGAUUGCAAAAGCAUGCCCAGCCUUAUUUCACCAGUUGCAGACAGACAUGUUUGGCUAAUGAAAAAUAAUUAAUUUCCCACCCAGUUCAAACUGUGGUAUUUUCUCCUAAUAGGAUGUGAAAACUUCAAAACGUUUCUGGUGACCUUUAUGGUGAAAAAACUUUAAUCCCACUUUCACUGCUUGUGUUGCAAAAUAGAGAAUAUGGUGCCUUCAGACGGAGGGAUGGUGCGACAUAAAAUGAUCAUAAGAAAUAAUGUUCAAGAACGACCUCCUUUAAAUAUAAAGACAAUUCAGCAUCUAAACUGGUAAUAUAUUGAUUGAUUGUAUCCACUCAGAACAAGAAACAUCAAGCCAUUUACUGCAUUAUUGAAAAUCUGGCUGAAGGACUGAGACCCUCGUCUCCCUCGUCAUCCGACAAAGACACAAAGGAACCUGAAAACUGGACCUAAUUCAUCUCGAAGGACUUGCUAACAUCUCACAGGACUUAAGUGCAGAGUACAGUAUCUUUCACCAUCACGCAGCACUAAGUGAUUCUUGAACAAACUCAUUUUUACACAUUAUUUUUGCACUUUGUGUUGAACCUACCAUGCCAGUAUUAAAGUGUAUUUUCUAGCUCUCUCCAUCUGAUCAAGAUCGCCGGAUGUCAGGGCAGGAUGCCCACGAUGGCUGAUAGAAAGUUCUUCGACCAUUUGAACUAUUUUACCAGCCAUUUGUACUUUUUGACUAGAAACAAACCUCUCAGUGCUUGUUGCUUUCCUGUCCAAGUGGCAGGUUUUGUCAGCCUCAUAUAAAUAUUUACCAGCGUUUAUCUGGUGGAUGAUGAGAAAGUCCUCUGAUGUUCUGAAUGCAAAUGACAUGAUUUUUAGUUUCCUUGUGAUUACGUGAAUGCGCCAUCUGUAGAUAUUAACUGUACAGUGUGUUCUAUUUUCAAUGGGGCCAACAGCAUUGAUCUGUAACUGAGGUUCAGAAUUGCUUGAAUUAACAAAAUGUAUGCUCUAAAAACCAAACGUUCAUCAGGGUUCUUCAGGCUAUUUGAGCAACUCCGGGUUCCUCUCUAGAUAAACUAACAAUAAAAAUCCCUUAAAUGUUUUUUGUAGAAGCCUUUUGUUUUUGCGGUUCGUGGAAACACCGUCAUGGAUCAUAAUCAACUGACGGAGUUCCUCAGGGAACCAUCUCGGGUCCCCUAUUUUCAAACUGAAGAACCCCUUUGACUUUUUAGAGUGUGCUACUGAUAUUAUUAUCAAUAUUGUUGUGUGACAAGCUUCUACUAACAUAACGUACUCCUUGGGCUGUUUUGUAUUUUUAGCAUUUUUAAUUUUGUUAUGUGCUUACGAGUGUGAGAUGAUCUUUUUUUUCUUUUCUGAUUUGGGCAUCUUAUGGAAGUACUAAAACCUUUUUAAUUUUUAAUAUGUUUACAACAAAACCAAGAAUUUUCUGUGACUAACAUACAACUAAUAUGUUUGAAUAUUUUUAAUACAGACUGUGAUAAUUACUUUCACUCACCCCAGCAUGCGUUCGCCAACACACACCUCUGAAUCAUCACAGAGCCUCAGCGAAGCCUCUCACCAACCUUUUAAUGGAAACAAGCAACACUUCUGCUACCAGGCAACCUUUUCAAACCAUACAAAUAAACAAUAUAUGCUGAGCUGCUAAGAAUUGUGGACCGUUGGGUCCCCAUCAUGUAUCUGCAAUCACCUCUGGAAACACGUACAGUAACACCAUGUCUCAUUCAGAAUAAAACAACUAACCAAACACUUGAAAUAACAAAACAAAGUUCUCGAGGAGCACUGGAUCAAACCUACCUCGCACGGAAUUACACAACAUGACACCCUGUUCCACUGCGUGCCCGAGCUGAAUCAAGCACAUCUUCAAAGUUCCAGUUUUAAAGCUCCAUACCCGUGAUUCUGCAUGUUGUAGCCUAUCAGCUAAAAACUGUAUGUACUCUACACUGCUGCCAACCAUUUUCCAAAUAUUCCUUCAACUUUUAGGUGUGUAUCCAUUGGACAGAUCUUCAUUUUGGUGUCAAUCUUGAGAGACUUGACACUUCCUGUAGGUAGAUAAUUCGUCACUGUCAACAUCUGUUCCAAGCACCAAUGGUGUUGGAACUGUAUUGCUUUUGCUUUUUUUUUUAUCAUCAGCAGGCUGGAGCAGAUCCUGGCAGUGUUCACUGCUGGAGGAUGUCUGAGGCUGCCAUAAUCUUGGCCUCCUGGUGAAACUGUCCAACUUUGUAUCCAAUUUGAGUUGUGUACUUGGACCCCGGUAAACCCACAAGGAGAUCUAGUUUUGUCUGUGUUUCCAACAAAAUAUCUUUGGACCGCAAAGACCGUUGAGACAGUUGAGAUUUGACAGUUGGUUGCAGAACAACAACCUUUCUAAUUCUCCACAAGUAGAUCUUCAUUGAAAUAAAACAAAAUGGCCUCCCGGAACAUGAGAAAUCAGUCUAAAAUGUAUUACAUGGUUUGCAGAAGUGAUGUACAGUAUGUGCAGUUUAAAACAUACAAAAACACAGGUAUGGUUCUUUAAAUGCUUAAUUUAAAUAUGUUGUUUUGUUUAAUUUUUUCUGCCCGGGCCUGCUCUCCACUAUUGGUUUGCAUGUGGUAUUUAUUACAGUAUCUGCACUGAAUGAAACUGUAUUAUAAACAUGAAUGUACAUAACCAUCGUUAUAUGAAAAAUAACAAUGCGAGUACUCACUUUGCUCCACAGAGGGCAGUUUGUGUGUGGCUGGGUUUACACCAGGAAUGGAAGAUCUGUUUUUUAACGCCAACGGAAACAGAUCUGGUCUGACUGCUGCCGGCAAAACAGGGAACACUUUUAAAAAAAAAAUUAAAGCACAUCAGAUCUGGUUCAAAUAAAGUUAAAGAUGUUGGAUCCUUCUGUUCCUGUGUAAAGGCAGUCUGUGUUGUGUGUAUCUAUACAAGGGCGAUGGACCUGGGUCUAUGUUGUACGUAACAACACAAUGGACCGCUUUGUGGAGAACAAUAUUUCUUGUUUAUAAUGUAGAGCAAAGAGAGACUGGAAUAGUCCUUGUAAAAUUGUAUGAGUACAGUGUCAAAUAUGUGUCAACAGAGACGACAUUAUUUUAAAAAUUAUGUAUGGAAAAUUUUAGCUGUGUAUAUAAAUAUAUAUUACUUGUACUUUGUUUUUGAAAUUGCAGAGAUAUGGAAAAAGUGGAAAUAUUUAUUGCUCUAAAGAUAUAAAAAAUCUGUUCAUGUUGAUGGAAA